GCGCGCGACAUCAGUCGAUCCAUCAUCAAUCUAUCCCCAUUCUCGCGACAUCUCUGCCUGGAACGACAUAUCAUCGCGUAAUCCAUCAAAGUCUCGUGUUCUCCUCCAUUUUCAAUAUUCAAUCCUUUAUUGCCCCACUCUUCCCUACACAAAAUCAACAACAUGGCCACUGAAGAAGAUCUCAUCGACUACUCCGACGAGGAGCUCCAGACCACAGAGCCCGCUGCCGUCGCUCCCGCCGCGACUGAAGCUGGAAAUGGCGCCGCUGCGACCAAGAAAGGCGACCUGACUGUCUCUGGUGGUCGUCCUGAUAAAAAGGGUAGUUACGUCGGUAUUCACUCAACUGGUUUCCGCGAUUUCCUGCUCAAAACUGAGCUGCUUCGUGCCAUUACCGAUUGCGGUUUCGAACAUCCAUCGGAGGGUUAGUCUAACUACAAACACACACACACACUUAUGCUUUUUCUCUUUUCCUUUUGCCAGCCUUCCUUAUUUUCUAUUGCUACGUCCGUCCAUCUCUGCGGGAAGGAAGAAAGUGUCAUCGUGAUUUAUCUCCAAGCAAGAGGAAUACUUGUCGCUACGCGCUUCAGGAUUCGUUAUUGCAUUGGUUCUUUAUACAGAACCGGCCUGUGCUGUAUUUCGCCUGCAGCGCAUGGUUAUCCUAUCGGAGACCGGUGGAAGAAAAGCCAUACGCGGGUUUCGACAGAGUGCUCUGCGCAAGUCGUAGCAUCUGAUCUUUGAUAUUGAAUCGAAGGAGGAACGAAACUUGGAAAAUGACCUAUCGUGGAAGGAAAAAUGAUGUGUUUGGAUUCUACCUAUACAUGCGUUGACACUUGCCUGUCUUCUGCAUUGGUAUCCAACGAGCGGCACGAGGAGUUAAUACCUCAAGCUUUAUCAUCAUACGGAGUGGUUUUGGUUCAAUCAUCGUCGAAAAAUUUUGUUGGUUUGAUGGCUUGACUUCCUUGCAACUUCGACGACCCAAAGAGAUGGCGGACGAGCAAUUCAAUUUCCGAUCCGGUUCAACUUUGGAAUUUUUUAUCGAACGAUAUCUAACAUUUUUGCCGCCUUGCCACAGUCCAGCAAGUUUGCAUCCCCCAAGGAAUGCUCCACAGUGAUCUUCUUUGCCAGGCCAAGUCCGGUUUGGGUAAGACAGCCGUAUUCGUCCUCACAACCCUGCACGGACUGGAUCCUGUAGAGGGAGAAGUUCAAGUCUUGGUUAUGUGCCACACCCGUGAGUUGGCGUACCAGAUCAAGAACGAAUAUGCUCGAUUUAGCAAGUAUCUUCCUCAAGUAAAGACGGCCGUUUUCUACGGAGGUACUCCCAUGCAAAAGGACAUCGAAAUCCUCAGCAACAAAGAGACCCGACCUAACAUUGUCGUCGGCACUCCUGGUCGUUUGAACGCCCUCGUCCGUGAUAAGAAGUUGUCUCUUCGCAACGUCAAGGCUUUUGUCCUUGACGAAUGUGACAAGAUGCUUGACCAGAUUGACAUGCGUCGUGAUGUUCAGGAAAUCUUUCGCAACACCCCGGCAGAGAAGCAAGUUAUGAUGUUCAGCGCCACUCUUUCGCAGGAAGUCCGCCCUAUCUGCAAGAAGUUCAUGCGUAACCCUCUCGAGGUGUACGUUGACGACGACACAAAGCUCACACUCCACGGCCUUCAACAGUACUACAUCAAGUUGAGCGAACAAGAGAAGAACCGUAAACUCAGUGACCUCCUCGACAACUUGGAGUUCAACCAGGUUAUCAUUUUCGUCAAGAGCACUCUCCGUGCCAAUGAGUUGGAUAAGCUUUUGCGAGAGUGCAACUUCCCCAGUAUUGCUGUCCACUCUGGAGUCAGCCAAGAGGAGCGUAUCAAACGUUACAAGGAAUUCAAGGAAUUCAACAAGCGUAUCUGUGUCGCAACUGACGUUUUUGGUCGUGGUAUCGAUAUUGAGCGUAUCAACCUGGCCAUCAACUACGAUCUUCCUGGUGACGCUGAUUCAUACUUGCACCGUGUCGGUCGUGCAGGUCGUUUCGGUACCAAGGGUCUCUCCAUUUCCUUCGUCAGCAGCGAGGAGGAUGAGAAGGUUCUCAAGGAGAUUGAGAAGCGUUUCGAAGUUGCCCUUCCUGAAUAUCCCGAAGGCGGUGUUGAUGCAAGCACCUACAUGGCUUAAACAUAUUCUCUGGCCCAUGUUCUGAUCAGUAACAUUGGGUACAUUUUGUAAUUUCAAAUGGGUUUAGCUGGGUUUUCUUCUGUUAACUAAAACAUGAAAAUUGUUUUCUAUUCUUCUGGGAUGGCUUUAUUAGUAUUUAGGGUCUGAAAAUUGACGGUUGACAUAGCUGUAACUGUGUUUGAGUCUUCUUCAUAGAUAUAUGGUAGAUAUCUACAGACUCUCUUUCAAACAGCGUAUUAUCU